UAGCUUAAAGGUCUGUGCUGUAGCAUGGGAAAGUUUUAAAACUGAAAGCUGGCUCUCCUAACCCGCGUAGAACAACUGGAGUUUGUUUCCCUGGAAUAAGUUUCACCUGAGCAUUCCUUCGUGUUCCCUUAACAGAUGUGGGGACUUUGUCAUUCUGCAAAAUGGCUUAAACGAGGAAAAGCCGUGUGGGUAAUCUGUCAUAGCAAAUACUGUCAGGAACACUGCAGCUGAGAAAUUUUCAUUGCUGAAGGUGUAAGACCGUUAAAGCAGUAAUUUCCGACAGAACACAUAAUAAAAUUUUACUGUUUGUUUAAAGGGAUCUCUCCAGUUCAGCUGUGAUUUCCUACUUUCUGAGCUUCUGGAGAGGCAAUAUGCUAGAAAAUCACUUGUUCUUUUUCCUUUUAUGUUCACAUGUCCUUGGUGGCAAAGAUUUCAAAAUGCUUGUUAAGACUUACUUCACAUAACCAAUUUCUCAUACGCAGAGAAGAGGUUUUCACAGCUUUGCUUUGCAUUCACUGCGCAUCUCAAAGAUCCAUGAGAUCUCCUAAUGCUUGCUCUUUUCUUCCUGUAUUUCCAUCAAAAUAACUUUCCAAACAGAUUAGCCAGUGCUGUGCUUGAAUUCAUACUUUUCCUUUGUAAUUUGCUACUGUAAAAUAAGCUGUGUUCUCAGAGAAGAUGACUCAAAUUCUGGAGAACUUCAUCCUUUGCAAUUUCUUGCAAAUAUCACUUGCACUUUCCUAAUUUUCCACUGGUUACAGUAGGAGUGGGAAAUGCUGAGUUCCCUGGUGAUUUAGAGAACACAUGGACAAAAUGUGCCUUAACGUUUUGUCCCAUUAAAAUGGCCACUGCACCUGCUGGCCUGAGAAGACUGUGUGAGUUCCUUUCCAUUAGAUUUAUGAUCUGGCCAGUCAGCAAGGUCUUGCACAACAGCAAUGGCAUGUACACACACGCACACAGGUCAAAGUAAAGGUUUUCUUAGCGCUCAUUCUGUCACUCUGAACUACCUGGCGCAGGGGAAAUACCUUCAUCAUCUAAUUUACCUUACACAAACAUGUUCCAUGUUUACCAACAACAUUCAAACAGCAGAGCCCGCAAUAAAAAAGGCAGAACUGCAUCUGGUUGUACGGGUAUGGGCACGCCCUACCCUCAUCUGAACCAGCACUCGGCUUCCGCUGGCCAUUAUGCAUCUGUUCACUUCAGUGGCACGGUACAGAGCCAUGAAUAAGUUUUGGGCUGCUACAUACCGAUUUGCAGAAGUUUCCUUUGCUCGUGGCUGUGGAUUGGUCGCUGUUGAACGGACGCCAGCUUUGUUUCCUGGGGCCUUUAACUGUUGCACGAAAAUUUCAGAUGAAAUUCCCAAAGGAAUUCUCCCCAGAGUGGAGAGGUUUGAGAUCCAGAAAGCUGAUGGCCUGUGUCACCUAGAAGCUGUUAUUCUCUACAUAGGAGACAGAAAGUUCUGUGUGAGCCCACAGAUUAAAAGAGUUAAAAAAUGGAUGAAGAAGAAGAAGCACAAGAUUGCUGGGAAAAAAACUCAUGGGAGAAAACAGAGAAGAAGCAAAAAUAAUAAAAAAAGCGAGAAGCAGCAGUAACAUGAUGAAGCAAGUCCCAUGAUGAAGAUACCUGUGGCAUACAGCACUCUGAACAGACACCAAACUACAUCAAUGAAGGAUGAUUAUCGUAUUAAAAUAGCCUUCCAAAUAUCUAUGUUCUAGAGACAGCAGUGGCAAAAAUCAUCACAUGUAUACAACAAUGAUGCUGGGCCAAUUCCCAACAAAAUGACUUGAUGUUCCUGACAAUGUCUUGCAGCACGUGCUGUGCUGUACCUCCUUGAUUUAUAGGUAUACUUAAAUCCCCCUCCUUUUAACACUGCUUUCACAGCUACCUCCCUGUGAUUUUUAUUUAAUAUGCCAACAAUCCUUCUCAUUGUUUUAUUUAUCCCACUUCCAAUCUUUGCUCCGUUUCUUCCCAGUUUGCAAUCAUUUUUGUACAAUACCUUUGUGCUGCUGCCUCUUUUGUUUCUACUAUUCUAGUCACAAAUAUGGACUUUUUUCUUUUUUUCCUACGUAAUUUUACAGAUGCCUUUCCAGAUCCUAGUUUAGUUAGUGUUGGCCAAAACCAUGGAUCUUUUGCCUACUCUAAACACUCUCUGCUGUCAGUGAUUAUUAUCGCUGGAAAUACUGAAAUACCAUUGAACCAAGCCUGGUCAUCAGACUCAGCAUGUGGUGUCCAAAGCCGUGCAGAAAAGAGUCUUGAUUGAUGUUUUGCAUUUCUUUCUCCCUUCUUCACGGCAUUUGAUCAAUUAGCUCCUCAGAGUUAUCUCCUGUAUUUGUUUUGUAAUUCUUAUGUCUAACUAUACCGCAGACAUGGGAGGAUGCAAGGCAGAUGACAGUAGGUAGAAGCAGCUGCUUCUGAGUUCCCUAAAGAAAAAGAGGAACAUCUGUAGCAAGGCCACUAGAGAACAGGUAGCGCACUCCCACAGACACAUAGCUGAUGAAAGAAACUCCUUCCAAAGCAGAUAAAGGAAAACAAGAAACAUAAUUGUCAUCUCUGAUAAGCCAACGGUGCCCUAACAGGGAUGAGGCAACACUUCUUCUAGGUUCUAGGGAAUACUGCGUGCGCUGCUUACACUGGCACAGCUCCAUCCUCUGCCUGCUGCGAUGCCAUGUCGGAAGCAGGCUGCCACAAGCAGGAGUCGCAGUUAUUCUGGCUGGGCAUGCACAGGAGCUCUUCCUCCUGACUGCCUUGUACAGCAGUGCAUUAGUGUCUGGUGUGUUAGACAGGGUCCAAACCUCAUGGGCCCAGGCUAGCAGAGCACCAAGAACACUGAAACACAUUACACUGUGCUAUUAGCUCCCAGCAGCUCUGUUCACUUUCUUCCUUGUGCUCUGCUAUUGAUUCCGGAUUUUAUCUUCAUGCCUCCCUCUUGAGUCACAGACAUCCAGGUGGGUUUGUGAUGGCAUCUCAGCUCCUCAUAGCUUUCUCACUGAUGCAGCCAGCGGCUUUUGAGCCUAUGGAGUGUACCCUAAAUAUUGAGACUGAUACAAUACUGACUGUACCCUAACUUCCAUGCCUAUUUUAUCGGGGAUAUUCAACAUAUUCAGAAAAGCAGCAAAGUGUAUUUUUGUAGUUUUUAAUAACUGGAAUUACUACAAUGUUGUAAGACCCAGACGGAUCUGCAACUCAAAUGCUAUUAAAAUAUUUGCCUUUACUGAACCUAC